UAUCCCUUACCUACCCCACUCGCACUAUAUUGCUUACAUGUAAAGUAGCCUUUCGCCAGUUGAGAUUCUAGAGCUCAGCGCUUUGGUUUCCAUGGGAACGGAGAUGUAUUUCACUGACAUUCUAAAACAAAUUUGAAUUCCAACACUUGAACUUCAGCUGGCUUGACCACCUUGCCACGUCUACCCUGUUUGCAUUGCCACCAUCUCAACAGCUCUGAGGGAGCUUUGACUUUACUCACCGAGAAAUGGCAGAAAAAGUAGCGAGCCGGCCAAGUCAAGCAGAGAAAAUCAGCCGACAUGGUGAUGAGACGGUUGGUUUGGGCAUAAUAGGCUGGAUAUUGCUUGUUAUUUCUCUGGUGUUCUCACUGUGUACUCUGCCUUUGUCCCUAUUCAUGUGCAUCAAGAUAGUUGCAGAGUAUGAACGAGCCGUCAUUUUCCGAUUUGGUCGGAUUGUACACGCAAAACCAAAAGGACCAGGUAUUUUCUUUGCGCUACCCUUCGUAGAUUCAUUUGUGUGUGUGGACUUGAGAACAAUCUCCUUUGACAUCCCACCCCAAGAGAUUCUGACUAAAGACUCAGUUACUGUGUCCGUGGACGGAGUGGUUUUCUACCGUGUGACCUGCCCUAUUACUUCUGUGAAAGUAGUCGAAAAUGCACAAGGAGCAACUCAACUCCUGGCGCAAACCACUCUGAGGAACGUACUGGGCACCAAGAGCCUUUCAGAGCUUCUGUCAGACAGGAUUGGCAUCUCGCAAAGCAUGCAAGAGGCUCUUGAUGGACCUACAGAUGCAUGGGGCAUAAAGGUAGAGCGUGUGGAGAUUAAGGACGUGAAGCUUCCCCAUCAGUUGCAGAGGGCUAUGGCUGCUGAGGCAGAGGCCACGCGGGAGGCCAGAGCUAAGGUGAUUGCUGCUGAGGGGGAGAUGAAUGCCUCUCGGGCGCUAAAGGAGGCAUCACUCAUCAUCGCUGAGUCUCCAUCUGCUCUUCAGCUGCGCUACCUGCAGACCCUCACCACCAUUGCAGCUGAGAAGAACUCCACCAUCAUCUUUCCUCUACCCAUUGAUUUGAUGCAGCAGUUUGUGCGUAAAAAUUGAUGGGAUGAAGAUGCAGAAAUAAACAGCUGAAAUGCA